CACUUACACCACCCGAAACACCUCGUAACCGUCAAUAACCUAUCCGGAGGCCAAGAGUAAGACAGCGCGAACGGCAAGAGUCAAGUCAUCAUCAUGGGCGGCGAAGAGUUCUUGUUCCCGGCCUCGGUCAUCCCGGCAGACCUGACAGCCUCGAUGCCUUCGGGGUACAUCAUCCGGCCCCUCGCCAGGUCCGACUCCACCAAGGCCUUCUUUCAGUGCCUCGAGGGCUUGACGUGGUGCGGGGAUGUGUCCGAUGCCGAGUUCGCAGAGCGGUUCGACGAGAUGGCUGCCGCUAAGGGUACCUACUACUUUGUGGUAAUCGAGCAUGCUGGAGUCAUUGUUGGCACGGGUGCCCUCAUAUUGGAGAUCAAGCUCAUCCACAACCGAUGCAAGGUCGGCCACAUCGAAGAAAUAUGCAUAUCUGGCGACCACCAGAAACUCGGCCUGGGGUUGAAGAUGCUUGAUGCCCUCAAUGGCAUUGCCGUUGCCCUGGGUUGCGAGAAGACCGUUCUCAACUGCGGGCCCAAGAAUGAGGCGUUCUACGUCAAGUGUGGCUUCCACAGCUCGGGCAUGGAGAUGUCGCGGGUGUUUUUGGACCAAUGACUUGGGUUGUCUUCUCUAGGAACGGGGAGGGCUCUUUUGGGUUAGAAAGUAGCAGUGAUGCAACAUGAGUUGAAGGUCAAGUCAUAUGUUGGCACUUGUCAACGAGAGAUGAUGUUUAUAGACUGUGGUAGACUAUCGAGAAGCCACGAGUCGACUCCCCACGACAAGAGAGAAAUAGCCUCGCGUGAAGCCAGGAAUUGGCACGUAUUGUGAAAUGGCAGAGUUCGUGG